AUGUUUUUCUACGUAUACAGGGAACUUCGAGUGUCAAUCGAGACCCGGUAAGUCUUGUUGUAGAAGUACCCUUGUGGGUGGUAGAGUGUUCCUGGAUAGAUCUUCGUUAUCACAACCUAGAAUUCUCCAGCAGCCAAUGGCUUAGAUUGCCGGAUCGCAGGUUCUCUCUGCGGCCACCAGGAGAUCAUUCUGAGCGCAUACACGGAAGUUUAUCCGUCUUGCUCGACGGGUUCGGAGGCACCAGCGUCCCGCUUGUGGGAUUGGUAGGGCAUGCUUAAGGUGCCGUUUAUUUGACUUAAUUUAAGCUCCGUCUACUGAAAACCAGAAAUAUGCCGGCUCCUAAUACUACCUCAUCUGGACUUCUCAAACUAUAAAGUCGUGAUCCAGACGAAUUGCUAGGGCAGCCACUUUGUGAAGGUGCCAUUGCAGUGUGACUCUUGGUCAUAAGGCUUUCAGCUAGAUUGCUUUUGGGGCAUCUCAGUAAUCUAAUCUUUCAGGUGUUAGGUUGUAGCUCGAGGUAUUUGAGCAGUAUGAAACUAAUACUUAUCCGUCCUCCACUCAUCCCAUCCAUCCUGACACUCUGGUAAGACGGAGACGAAACUGCGGCCUCCACUCGUUAUGCUCUAUAGACAAAAAACGGUAUUUUUGUCGAAUUCUUGAAACAUUUAACGAUAUCGUUGACUCCAUGCUGUAUUUGACAUGACAAUUUUUCGGCCAGUUUACUUGCAAUUGGCAGAGUUCCGAUUUUGCUUGAUAUAACUGGCCUCGAUGAUAUCAUCGGCUGUACCUCUCCAGACGUAACUAUCGGCGCCACCGCAUCUUGAGAGCUCGACCUACGGAAACUGAAUAUUGGAGGUCCUAGAACCGCCCUCUGUCCGUGACCGAACGAGGUUUUGAAUUGACCUUCCCUUAUCAUUAUCCUGAAUCGGCCGCGUCGACGAAUGAGAUCCAGCAACGCUGAACUUCUGGGGCGUUUGAGGAAGAAUGUGCGAAAACUGCCUCAGUCGUCCUCAAUGGAUGCUCCAACAUGUCUUCCAGAUGUUGUAGCGAGUCUAGGCCGUCUCAUUGGAGACCAAGUCAUAAUAGUUUGCAGUCAGUGGUAAUUAAACACCUGCUUUCCCCCCAUCUCCCAUGCGGUUAGGACGCACAUAGAAGAACUGACCGGACGUAUGUCCAUUACGCGCAGAUCAUUGUGUCGAUGGUGAUGCCACACUGGGUCCAUUGGCACUUUUAGUAACUCAUUUCGGGACAGAUAACUACUUAAGUAGUCUAAUUUUCUCACAUAUAGUCGAAUUUUCAUUUCUUACAAAAAUUUAAAAGAAAGUUAAACCCGCCUUCAUCAUUAUGCUUGAUGAAGGAUAGCAUUUCGGUUACAUGUUCAUAUUUUUUCCUGAGGGUUUUCGAUAUUUCCCAUAAUAUAAACAACAUUCGCAUUGACAGACGCGGCUGAAGAAUUACACUGUUUAUGGCCACCUUUCUGCAAUUUCUCUUCAGACUAGCGGAUUAUUAAAUUUCACCUGAUUAAUCUUCCCUAGCUGGAGUCAUAUUUAAAUGUUGUCCUAAGGGUCACGUGAUUGUCUGUGCAUGCUGUGAGUCUGAGGCUCCGGCGCCACACAUUACACCAUACCAAGACAACAACCUCCACGUGUCCUCGGUGAGGAGUAAUUUAUGCGAAUGGUCAGAGAACGCUGUUUUUUUUCCACGUGCCGCCGAUAGAACAUGACUGAUAAACCUCUUCCCGCGUUGCCUCGACCGUUAGGCGAUGAUCGUCGUAUGAACCGGCCGAGUUCCAAAUUGCUUCUUCUUCCCCGCCCGGUUAAACUCAUCUCCCCCUCUAAAAGUUGUGGAAUUAACGAGUCCCGUCGGAUGUAUGAUUACUUAUGUAUUCGUUCCUAGUCUGUAAGACCUCAGCGGAGGACUUUCUGUCAAAGUAUACAGUGGCGGAAUCUUUCUCACAUCCUUCCGCAGUCUGCAUCACCGAAAAUGAAGGAUUCCAUGCUGGAAUGUCCCGAGAGCCUUCAACGAGCUUUCCCACGUGUCCCACUUUUAUCCUACCAGUCAACAUGGGCCUCACAGCUAACGCGAAUGCUGAGAAAGCAAGAGAAUUUCCAAAACACACAGUACCUACUGGUGCCAUUUUCAUUUUACCUUUGUAGGCGUUAAGCCCACUGGGCUGCAACGAUAGGGUGUAGGACCCCGACUAGCCAUCUCACCUGUGGAUCGUAUCAUUUGGUAUAUGGUGGCAGAGGGGAUUUGCCGGGUGGGGCAACACGGUGGACGGAAAGCAAAACAAAACACAAGAAAUCAGUUAUUUUUUACCGAAAGCCUUAUCAUACUCUGUCAUUUGAGAAAGAGAUUAAAAAAAUCAAUUUUCAAGAAAUAACGGACUUUUGAUAAACCGCCGCUGGUAAGUUUACUACGUUUAUUCAGGCAGGUUGGGACAUUUCAACAAGUAGAAGCAAUGAACAACAGGUGAGGAUUACAGUCACCCUGAACUCCAGUGUAAAUGUUGGAGUUGCCAGCUACGCGUGGUCCUAAACCUUACCGUUAUCCACUAGCCUUUAUUUAGUAGUAUGUUUCCUAGCAGACUUCAACAAUCCUGGAAUAAAACGACAUAGUCCGCUCACACGUGGGACAACAAUCGUAACGAGGAGGGCAUUUCCUGCACUUAUUUAAUCAGGUCUGUUUCGUAAUGUGUAGCCUAACGUCUCCUGCUGGAGUAUGCCUCAAUCCGAAGCACUUGCUUCUUGUCGAGGAGGCCUGAGUGGUGGUCGCCUACGUGGUCCUCGCGACGGGCCGCGAUGACUACCAGGAUCAUGUAACUCCAUUGAUGUUCUGGCAGAUUUUGAAUAAUUCAUAUGAAUUCUAAAUACCUCAUUGUAACAAUUUAGAAUGUAGCCAAUGGGUUGCCUGGGUGACAGAAAGAAGACCCCCUUUCCUGUUGCUCAGCUUGACAUCUGACUCGUAGUGGACGGUCGUUUUUAUUGCAUCAAAUGUGGUUUGCUGCCAAACCGGAAAUUAUCCCGUCAGUCUUUCUAACGACCUGCAGUAAUUUUGUCGUCCGCAUUCGGGCAGUUUCUCUCUGUUGGUUACGGCGUUGAGUUCUUUACUCUCGGCUUCACUGAGUAGUCGGCUGCGAUAGCCCAUUACCGUGACUUUUUCUACAUCUGUGCGUGACACAGGUAAGACAGCGACUUCUACGUCACCUCCUGCGCACAAUCCAACGCACCGUCUUUUGACCGUUAAAAUCAACGAGAGCCAAAAUUGUCACACGCUGUGAACGCACAUCAACCUGUUUGUGUUGAGUUAGAUCUGGAGUGCAUCUGUCUCACCGCCUCGUCUCUGGAUGGCAAAAACGAUCAAGAAUACACGCGGGGUGGUUGCCGACAAAGUUAACCGGUUUGUGAGCGCAUGUUGUACGCACCAUCUAGUUCCUUACGGCACGUACAAGGCUUUAUUCGGAGCAUAUUAGAUCGCAUUUUGGUGAGAAUGCCGCGCGGGCCAGCUUAAUAUCUUAUUGUAACACGACUCUUGGCGCGCCCUGGGGGCUUCAAAAUGCACUCGGGUGGAAGCUGAAUCGACUCCACCAUCUCUUUCUGUGUCCACGUUCCAUUGUUCUGACGAUUGGAGGCGCCAGUAGGUGUACACCAGUGCGCAAGUAAGUCCACGCGUACGGUAGUUUUACGAAUAUAUGUUCAUACAAGUGGUGACCUCUCGGGAAACACGCAUCGACCUACAUGAACAUCUUAUAACUGAUGCUGCUAUCCUGGAUUAGAAAAGAAAUUCUGAAUUUCAAAUGUGUUUUCUCCCUAAUUGAUCGAGAGACAACCACCAAAGACUGUCAGUUUCAAAACGUGACUUUUAUGGUGUCUUAUUCCUCUCUUUUAGCCGUGACGGUGCCGAUGCCUUGAGGCGGGAACUGGAGCUUGAGAUGAUGAGAAUAGCGGAGCGCAACCUCGGACGCGACGACAGGUGCAGUUGCCCUCUUACAAACGAGUCUUAGUCUUGGAAAUUAAUUCGCCGCAACGCAAGUAAACUGUUUCUGGCGGAUUACUCCGAGCUUAGUCCGAUCACCAUUCUUGAAGAUGCCCGGCUCGCCUCUCGCUAUUGCUAUUCACUUACUGCCAAACACGCGUCAAUGAGACUACGACCAUCGUAGACAGCUCACUUGCUCCUACGAACUAACAGAGAAGUCCAGGGGGGACAGGCUUGUCUGAUAGCCUUCCUGUGGGCUAUUGGACGCGUCCACAGGUGACGGGUAGUUAGACGGUCAGACUCCCAAGUUUGAUCAUUGAGGAGUCGCGGACCGAGCAGUUGCAGUCAGUGGAAUGCCGCUUGCCUGUACAGAAGUCGCGAGUUAAACUCAACUGCGCGUCUGCACUUGCUUUAGCCAGGCUCCCCUAGAGAGGGAAAAAGAGAGAGGGAGAGGGAGAGAGAGAGGGAGAGGGAGAGAGAGAGGGGGAGAAAGAUCAGCAUGUUGGUCAACGAAGGAGCGCCAGCCAGUCAAGCCUAACCCCCAGGCUGGGAUAAUAUAGGGUUCGAGCCCCGAUUGUUUUUUAUCGAGCCUUAUUUCCAGAGAACUAACGUUGAUCCAGUCGCGCAUACUAAGAUCCAACGACUACCUGAACCAGACGAAGUCUGGAAUGGUCGUAAGGGUCAUGAAGAGGCAACCACCUGUUAGGCCAAACUUCGCCAAGUCACUGUGCAACGCCUUGUAAUAAAUGUAAACAGUUCGUGUGACCCAUCAGAAGAUAGGUCACGAACUUCGCGCUGAAACCCUUGCAUCGCAGGAGCCGCUCAUCCUGCAUCUCCGGACGUUUUACUGCCUUAACGAAAUGACCAAUUUUCAAACGAAGGCAUGGUUUUCUUUUAUCAAUUAUUAUUAAUUAGCCGUCAAAUUUUCUAAUAGAAAGCCCUCAUAAAGUCAAUUUAAGACUUAACAUAACUGACAGCAAAGAAGGAAGAUAUAGUACAUCGAAAAAUAACUAAAAGGAGUAACAUACACAACAUACUAUUAUCUUGUUGAUUUUCCGUUUGCAUUUAAAAUAGCUUUACGUCAGAAGGACAUACAGGCUGCCAAGUUGUCCAUGGUGGUUUUCUCCAUACUGUCAUAAAGUGCAAAAUCCUCUAUUUACUGCGUUGGACAGUGUCUGUUUACCUCGUCUUAAUUUCUUUUGAUUAUCUCAAAGAGAUUUUUUUGUCGGAUCCACAUGAGAGCUGUUGACAGGAAUGAAUAUGCUUUACAGGCCGAAGAAGGAAAGGCUGGCUGUGUUCUUGAAAAGUUGGAUCACAGUCGUAGCCUUGAUUGUGGUCACAACUCCCCUUGAAUGGUUAACAGGGGUGUUAUCCUGCAACAUUAGAGUGUCCAUUUGACGUCAGUGAAUGCCGUUAUAACCAAAUGCAUCGUUUAAGGUGUCGAUGAACACCCCCGAUCGAAUGUAUUGGCUAUUAAAACCGCCAGACAUCGACAGUUUUCGAAAGUUUGUCGCCGAUGCAGAACGUUCUGGUUGGAAUUUCUUCCUACACAUGGCUACGUGGGCGUACUUCGGAGGCUUGUCUAAACACCAGACCUCAUCACAAUAGUGAGCGCAUCUUCAGAAUUAAAGUCUGUGAUGAGAAUUCUCUUGAGCAAUCGACAAACCGUCUCAAUAAUAAGUUUGCUACAUAAAACGGCCUUAUCUUAGCGUUUUCUUGAUAGAGGUCGGAUUCUUUCAUCCAGAGGAAACAUUGACAAAUAUUGCCUAUGAACCUCAAGAGACAUGUAAUGAUUCCUUUUAGUGGACGGCAAAUAAAAUCGUCGUCAUGUCUGUCUGCGGAUCGUUCCGGACCACCUUGAUUAAUCUUGGGGAAUUGGUCUAUUAUUAUUAAUUCUCCACAGACCGACCUGGCUAAUGAUAAAAAAUAUGAAUUAACAGCUUGCACAUCAACUCUUCCGCAACCGAGACAAAGCGCUCUGAUAUCUUCAUCUCGCGGCAUGACGUAGGAAAAUGACAGCAUGCCGCGGUUGCUAAAUAUGCGCUUGGUUAUGCCUGGGCGCAGUAAAACAGCCCACUGCCAACCACUUUAUGACACAAAAAGCCGGAAAUUUGCAAACCAGCGGAAGACUGGUCGGACAUCGAAGCAGUUUAUUUGUUGUUCCGUGCUUUUCAACUUGCCCAACUUUAGAGUAUUUGAAGCUUACACCGGUUCAUAUUCCUUGAAACCAAUGUGAUUUCGCAUAUCUGCCUUCACUUGAUUUUGAUGAAGGGAUUUACUUAAAAGGUCUUUUUGUUUACAUCAGUGUUCCUCUAAAUCACAACGCAUAAAAAACAAGAGACUCUGACAUGUGACACUAAAUAGCGUAGGAAAUCACUCGGAUGUCAGAAAACGUCGGAUUUCACCCAACCUUGGCCAAUUUCCAUUCGAUAACUUCGAUUUGAAAUGAACUGGUCCUUAACAAAGGGCUUUCUGGGCCUCCUAUCGGCAGCGGUGGUGUGAGGAACCUCACUUUACUCCCGCUAGACUGUGGAUCAGGUCACAGUCGUAGCCUUUAUUGUGGUCACAACUCCCCUUGAAUGGUUAACAGGCGUGUUAUCCUGCAACAUUUCAGUGUCCACUUGACGUCAGUGAAUGCCGUUAUAACCAAAUGCAUAUUUUAAGGUGUCGAUGAACACCCCCGAUCGAAUGUAUUGGCUAUUAAAACCGCCAGACAUCGACAGUUUUCGAAAGUUUGUCGCCGAUGCAGAACGUUCUGGUUGGAAUUUCUUCCUACACAUGGCUACGUGGGCGGACUUCGGAGGCUUGUCUAAACACCAGACCUCAUCACAAUAGUGAGCGCAUCUUCAGAAUUAAAGUCUGUGAUGAGAAUUCUCUUGAGCAAUCGACAAACCGUCUCAAUAAUAAGUUUGCUACAUAAAACGGCCUUAUCUUAGCGUUUUCUUGAUAGAGGUCGGAUUCUUUCAUCCAGAGGGACAUGUAAUAGUUCCUUUUAGUGGACGGCAAAUAAAAGCGUCGUCAUGUCUGUCUGCGGAUCGUUCCGGACCACCUUGAUUAAUCUUGGGGAAUUGGUCUAUUAUUAUUAAUUCUCCACAGACCGACCUGGCUAAUGAUAAAAAAUAUGAAUUAACAGCUUGCACAUCAACUCUUCCGCAACCGAGACAAAGCGCUCUGAUAUCUUCAUCUCGCGGCAUGACGCAGAAAAAUGAUGACAGCAUGCCGCGGGUUCUCAAUAUACGCUUUGUUAUGCCUGGGCGCAGUAAAACAGCCCACUGCCAACCACUUUAUGACACAAAAAGCCGGAAAUUUGCAAACCAGCGGAAGACUGGUCGGACAUCGAAGCAGUUUAUUUGUUGUUCCGUGCUUUUCAACUUGCCCAACUUUAGAGUAUUUGAGGCAUAGUCUGGUCCAUAUUCCUUGAAAACAAUGUAAUUUCGCACAUCUGCCUUCACCUGACUUUGAUGGAGGAAUUUACUUAAAAUGUCUUUUUGUUAACAUCAGUGUUCCUCUAACUCACAAAGCAGGAAAAGCAAGAGACUCUGACAUGUGACACUAGAUAGCGUAGGAAAUCACUCGGAUGUCAGGAAACGCCGGAUUUCCCCCAACCUUGGCCAAUUUACAGCCCAUAACACCUACGUGAAAUUAACUGUUCCUUAGCAGAGAGCUUUCUGGGCCUCCUAUCGGCAGCGGUGGUGGAUAAGGUCAUACGUGGAUGGCGGUAAUGCGAGUUUUAAUAGUGUGUUAGCACGCCGGACAGUAAGCUGACGAAAUGCAAGGAAACGCAGACAUUGUUUUUAUUUCUGCCACAAGUCUUGUCGUACGAUUUCUUGUGUCAACGGAAAUGGGCGCGUUGGUCAAAAAAUACGCAAAAAGAAAAUUUAAAAAAUAACGGAUUCUGAGCUUGAGGUCAUAGUAGUUAGUUGUUUCUGUACGGUGUGACGCCUGCGUCGGCCCGUAACUCGGCGCCAAGGUAAAAGCACACAUGACGCGAUCAACUGUCUACCGACAGCUAAGUGCGAUCCUUCGCCCCACCACUGUCCUCCAGAUCUAUUCAAUAAACAAAAUGCAUGCAUACUACCCACUCACACACCGAUCAGGAAAUUCCGUAAUAUAGGUCAUCUACUGUACAAAAGAAAUUUCAACAUACAGUAGGUGGGCUAACGCAUGAAAUGUCAACCUAAAUUCCGAAAGAUUUAUUAAGCCGUGUUGUAAAACUUAUCAAUUUAUGGCAUAAUUCUUUAAUAUUACAGCCACCGCGGGGUGCCGGCUUCCGAACGCACAUCUUUUUGGCUGCAUGCGAAAAGUAUACUCAUUAAAGAUGACUGCUCAAGUAGCAUGCAUUUUCUCAUUGAUUUGUGAUACCCUUAAAACUUCAAUUUAAUUUUAUGGCAAAUAUGCAUGCCGAUAUGCAUUCUUUUGCUCAUUCGAUAGAAAACUACGUUUUCUUCCAAUUUUAUGCUCAAAGGAAGGGUAUUAUUUGGUUUUCAGAAACCUUUCCAAUUCUCGAAUAAUUUCGAACCCGACCUGCUGUUACACUUGCAUUCAGGGUUUCCAAACUACAAGCCUACGGAAAACUGUACAGUUCUCUGUGGUAUUAAGAGGAGACUAUAUGGGGCUCGAAAAUAUUAGUCAGUGGAUUUGAGACAUAUUGUUAACUUUACAAGCCACAUUGUUAAAUGCAAAGACAUGGCGUUUUAUGAACAGUCAUUUCACGUUAUUGAAAAAUCUCACAAUUAGAAGCUUUUUAAAACUUAAUUAUAUCCCUCCUUCGAGUAUUUCCUACCGAAUUAGCAAAAGAAUGGAUGUCGGUAUGCAUGUUUGCCAGGAAAUAUAAUUGAAUUUUAAGGACAUCGAAAAUCCCUGAGAAAAUGCAUGCUGCUUAAGUAGUCAUUUUUACAGAGUAUAGUUUUUGCAUGCAGCCGGAAAGCAGUUCUUUCGAAAGCGCACAUCCUGUGGUAACUGAAUUAUUAUUGAAUUAUGCUGCACAAUGAUAUGUUUUACAGCCCCACUUAGUUAAUCUUUUCGAAACGAAAAUACAUUUCAUAAUUUUGGUUAACAUUUCACGAGUUAUUCCGACUAGUAAGGAAGAUAAGGAUGGCUAUUCUUUUAUUUGCCAGUCUUCAUCAGCUAGUUAUGCCCAAUCCCAAGUUUGGAUAAUCGGAUCGUCGCAAUGUCCUUUGUUCUUAUCCGUGCUUUUUCUUUAUUGUUAGUGAUUUUUUUGUUCUGACGGCCUGUAGCGUUCGCAUUGUGCAUAUGACGACGCCGGGACGUUGGCAUGACAGCACCCCGCUCUAAAUACUGAGUAAUGCCAGUUAACUUUAGUUCGCACUGUGGCUGCUGUUCGAUCGACGGCAAUUCAAACGUUUUGGGCUGAAUGAGCGAAACUGUACGGUGUCCUCUAACUCACCGCAGUUGCAAGCUUCAGGUCUGCCUAGUUUAAGAUUCUGUUGGCUCUCCUCAUAAUCCUAGAUGUUAGUCACUGUCUGGUAGCAGUUUACUUGGUUUUUUGCCAGGGUGUCUCUUGACGACUAAACCUCACAGCGCUGUAAACACAUCUUCGCGGUUACAUAACCUUCGUACUCAGCUUGAAUGCGUUCUCCCUACAGUGGGCGACUGAUCUCAUGGAAUGUUGGCUGAAAUUCUGAAAAUCGUUUCAGAUAAGAAAGGAUUACUUAGACACGGUUGUAAUACUUGUGGUAUACUUGUGGUUGUAAUACCUUGUGGCAUAAUCCUAUAACAUUUCGAACUCAGCAGGAUGUCAGGAUCUGAAUCCAUUGCUUUCCAAUUUCCUGCAGAAACCGUAUUUGGUCAAAAAACGACUACUUAAAUAGCAUGCAUUUUUCACAUUAGCUUUCGAUGGUCUUGUAAAUUUGAAUAUAUUGUACAAAAACUACGAACAAAAUAUGCAUUCUUUCAGUCGUUUGAUAGAGAAUCGCGUCAUCUGUUAUGUUUUAUGCUUGAAAAAUGAGUAUAAUUAGGUUUUAGAAAAGUUUUCUAUUUUCUGAAUAAUCUGGAGCAUGAUCAGUCGUUGCAUUAGCGCUUAAUGAUUUGAGUCUCCUAGGUACAUGCGUUCCUCUUAAAGAAAAUCACAUAUUAUUCUAUGUCUUUAAAAAGAUACCAUCCAGAGUCCAUAAUUCUUGCAAUGGAUGCGGACCAUAUCGUAUAUUUCAUGAGGAGCAAUGGUGAAAGGACAGGUCCGAUUCUCUAUGAAUGGACAUUUUACGGUCUUAAAAAAUCCAUAAUUAGAAAUGUUUUUAAAAACCUAGUUAUAUUCUUUUUUCGAGCAUAAAAUAUAAAUAAUUCUCUGUCAAACGACUGAAAUAAAGCAUAUUUUUGUUCGUAGUUUUUAUAAAACAUAAUUGUAUUUACAAGAUCACGGAAAACCAAUGUGAAAAAUGCUUGCUAUUUAAUUAGUCGUUUUCUUUUACCAAAUACGGUUUCUGCAGAAAAUUCAAAAGCAAUGUAUUCAAAAGCUGACAUCCUGCCGAGUUCGAAACAUUAUAGGAUUAUGCCGCAAGGUAAUCAGUAUUACAACCGCGUCUAAGUUAUCCUUCCUAAUCGUAAACGAAUUUCAGAAUUCCAGCCAACAUUUCGUGAAAUCGGUCACUCACCGUACAUUUGACGAUUCGGACCAUUUAAUUGGACAGUGUCGCAAAUUAGACCUACCGCGUCAUUGUCCCAUCAGCGUACGGGGGGCCAACAAGUUAGGCUGUUACCUUUACACGCAUCCUCUGCGUGUUCAAAAAACGGUCAUGUGAUUGCACACACUCUUCUUUCGGUUGAAGCAUUUGGAGAAGAUGUAGGGUGUGUAGCCCUCCGGGUGGUUGGCGUGCUUCAUAACGGUUUGCCUCGUAGUAGGUGGCGAAAUGGGUUGUGCAGGAAGCAUACAGUAGGUGGGCUAACUCAUGAAAUGUCAACCAAAAUUCCAAAAUGCGUUUUCGUUUCGAAUAUAUUAAUUAAGUAGGGUUGUAAAACUGGUCAUCCUGCAACAUAAUUCUAUAAUAUUUCAGUUAUCUCAGGAUGCCGGCUUUCGGAUGAACUUCCUCCCGGCUGCAUGCAAAAACUACACUCUGUAAAAAACGACUACUUAAUUAGCAUAAAUUUUUCUCAUUGAUUUGCAAUGCCCUCAAAGAUUAAAUUAUAUUUCAUAGAAAACAUGCACAAAAAUAUUCAUUCUUUUGCUCAUUCGGCAGAACAUUACGUCUUCUAAUUUUAUGCCCAAAGGAGGGACAUGAUUCGGUUUCAGAAAACUUCUAAUUCCUGAAUAACUUUGAACCCGCUCUACCGUUACACUUGCGUUCAGGGUUCCCAAACUACAAGCCGCGUAUUUCCUGCGUAAAAGAGCCACACAUUUCUCUAUAGUAAUAAAAGUGGACUAUAUAGGGUUCAUCAAAUUUAGCAGUGGAUUUGAUCCAUAUUGCUAACUUUACAAGUCACCUCGUUAAAUGCAGAGACGUGACGAUUUAUGAACGGCCAUUUCUUGGUAUUUAAAGGUCCCACAAUUAGAAACUUUUUUAAAACACAUUAAUGUCCCUCCUUCGAGUAUAAAUUAGAAGAAGGCGUAAAUAUCUACCGAUUGAGCUAAAGAAUGAAUAUGUUUAUGAAUGUUUUCAAUGAAAUAUAAUUAGACAUUUAGGGGCAUCAGAAAUCAAUAAGAAAAAUGCAUUCUACGUAAGUAGUCAUUUUGUACAGAGUGUGGAUUUUGUAUGCAGCCGGAAAAACGUUCAUUUUAAAGCAGGCAUCCGGAGGUAACUGAAUUAUUAUAGAAGUAUGGUGCAGGAUGAUUGGUUUUACAACCAUACUUAAUCAAUCUUUUCGAAAAGAAAACGUUUUUCGAAAUUUCGGCUGACAUUUCAUGAGUUUGACCUCUAAUAGCGUCAUCGAUAUUAAACUUACCCGUUUUGGGCUCAAGCUUAAAUUUUGGGCAACGGUUAAUUGGGUUAUUCCUGGGAAUAGUGGUUCCAGGCUUGGCUAUAAAUCGAAGUCGGGAUAGAGGCUAGGCUUAAUCUUUUAGGGUUUAGCUUAUGGCUGCGGUUACGUCGGACUUCUUCAUGAAUGCAUACAGGUUAGACAUGUGUUGCUGAAGGUGUAACCAUGGUUUGCGUUAGAUUUGUAGCUAACGGUGGUCUCCCCCUCCUCCCCCCAAAGUGGGUUACAUACCAUACCCUUUCCGUUUUGGACCUGCAUUCCAGUAAAAUGUACGUGUGAAAUAAUGUUCCUUUUCUGCGUCCUUCCCUGCGGGCUACUUAACUGACGGUUUUCUUCAGAGAAGUAUUCAUACUGGUGAGGGAAUAGAUGCGCAUCCAAAGUCCAGCAUUUCGCCGUAUCUGAUUUAGCUUGAGGUGAUAUUAAAUUCUAAUUAGUCUUUAAACUUAAGAAAAAAAUAUGGAUUCACCGGAACAGGUUUGAUUGAGUGCUGAGAUUUCAGAGGGCUUUGUCGGCUCACGAUUGUCAAAGCGUAUAAUCAGAUAGAAAUAGAAGUGGCAUGCCGCGCCAGUCGGUCUCUUCUGAUCUACGUUUUUUCUCGGGUGUUUGCCGGAAUUUUUAACUGCGUGCGUUGUGAGUCGCUAACCGGUUGGGAGGGCGGCUGGGUGAGCCUCUGUCGGGAUUGAUCUAUCUGCCGGUUCUUUUUCCUUCUCUUCAUCGAGUGAUUGAGUCGUCGGACUGUUUCUACUGCGGCCUUCUUAAGUUCAGUGUGGUCGUCUAGUUCUGAGCUUUGUGAGCUGCAGGAAGGUCCAGUCGUCCAUUAACCGGAGUGCCACACCGGUCAACCCUUGAAUUGCUUCUGUCCAGGAAGAUCGAAAGUAUGCCCAGUUUAUCCAACAUGACAAGGACGAUACCUUUGAGCAAAAUGAUGACUGUAUGCAGAUACGGUAUCCAGUUGGCUCUGUCGUGGCCUCCCACCUUGAAAGGGCACCUGGCCCUUAAACAACGGAACCGAUCCCUUGGCAGGCAUUUCUAUUAUCCCUCAAGUCAUGCCCAGUUGAUCUCCGUUCCUUGUUCCUCCGCCCUUGAGUACGACUGUCAGUCAUCAGUACUUGACUAGAAUCCGCAAUUACACACAUCAGCACAUGAUUCGCAGCCUACCGAUCGCUGGUUUAGGUCUUUCACCCUGCCGUUGGCCAUCAAGCUUUAAAAACGCCAGUCCGCUAGUACACUUCAUGUUUAAGGGUUCCGAACCACAAGCCAUUCUUUAUAUACUAAAAGGAAAUUCUACGUUUACUUACACUGUUGAGAAGGCACUAUAGAACGCUCACAAAUUUGCAUAAUAGAUCUGGACAAGGCCGUGUACUUCAGAAGGGACGCUUAAAAAGGGGCUGAUACGAUAGCUCUUGCUUAAACACUUCGCUGUCUUAAAAUAUCUCCGAAUAACCGUUUUGGGACCCGAAAGAAUCCCUUUCUUCGAGUUGAGAAUCCGAUUAUGCAACCAUUUACAAAAGGGGUCUAAGGACGGAUGCUUUUAUUUACGUCUUCAUCGAAAAUCAAUAGAAUAACUUCGUGCAAAUUGAGUAACCAAAACGUCACAAGGACGCUCAUUCGGGAGAUUAUGCUGCUUUGUGCGCAAUAUUAUUCACCCGCCUAAGCAAUCUUUUUCUGACUGACAUGGCGCUUCAGAAUUUCGGUUGAAAUUACUCUGGUUACGUCACCUGCAACGUGCGAAUGCCCACGCAACUGUUCGUUGUGAGCGUUUUUGUACCUCGAUAACUUAAUUUCUCCUCUAAUUAAGUAAGUUUCUUAAAGUGGAACAUAUUUCGCGGAAGAUUUUUGCGAAUGCAACUGCUUCGAAGACCGUAAGCCGGAAUUAGGCAAUCCCUGAAACCUCUUCGGACGAUCGGCUGUCGGGAUCGUCGCCGUAAUGUGUUCAUUUUCUUAGAAGAAGAGGAAGAAUAACAGUGAACAGCACGUCUGUAAAUCAAACGAAAACAGUGACUGAGGCGGUGAAUUCACCCCUCUGAGCCACUAAAAAGGCUCCAAGUCUAGUGUCCUGUAGUGUCAGGUUCAACAGCGAUCCGCAUUCCCUACGAAUGGCAGAAAUGUCCGGAUGUCCUUUUCGGUCUUCGUUAAACUGGCGAUGUGACGGGAAGCCUAGGUUGGCACAAGUUUGCCCAGAUCCUCGCUGGCGAAGCCCGUAGGGUAAGGAUAAAUGCUUAUUAUGUUCAUGACAAGGACAUAGCACAGCGGAGACCAGCUUGGCUGUUUCUGGCUUCGUUGUCGUCAUUAGGCAGUCUUACUCGUAUCCCAUGGACGUUCCAAGUGGGACCAAUCAGACAGACUUUCUAUCAAUCGAGCUAGGGAUUCGGGCUCUGAAGGCUUCAAUUCUUGAAUUGCGAUCUCGCGUAAGAACGGUGGUCGCGAGUUUUCCCUGGUUGUGGGGCGUAAUGCGGUCGAUUAGUCUUACGCUGAGGUCGCCCGCCUACAACCCCUACGUGGUGGCAAUUGGUGGAAAUUAUCGACAAAGACAUGGUGUGCCCGAACUACCAGCUGAGCCUCUCUUCAAAGCGUCUCCGUCCCCGUCUGAUAUCAUCACCAUCGGACGACAACGGCGAAUUUAUUGUUCGCCGGCAGUGCAUAUCGAUCGCUGGUAGUUCGUCGCCCUGUUCAAUUACUUCUGAACCGACCAAUCAUAUUUCGUUCAGCAAUCGGGAUACUUUUGUAAAUGUCACUUUUAUUCGGUUAUGUAGUAGGUUUGCAAUUUUAGUCAAAAAAUACAAUUCAAAGUGAUGGACUUGUUUAUGAUGAACAGAAUUAAAGUAAUCUACAAGGGAUCCGGACAUUAUGUCAUGGCGGGCUACGGGCGCAAUUGGCAAUUAUCCGGUGUUAGAUUACAUCUGUGCACCGAAGUAAUUACUUUUGGGUCACGACAAAUGUAGAAUUACCCCUUAAUUCGAUUGGCAUUGUUUGCUCUGUCUGGCAGAAGCUGCUGUAGUUACUUCUGACUGGUUUGCGUCGCCCUCUAGCCUACAUCGCGGGUUUCUUUGGGGCUUGCGCAGUGGUCUCUCUGUGAGCCUCUAGUUGUUUAGCAUCCUCACCUCCACCUUUUCUCGGUGUCGCCAGAAACUGCUUUAACAGGCCCCGGAAUCUUCCGUCUGACUUAGCCGCUUUCCCUGCCUGUCUCGUGAAGCGAUUUUGUCAGGAGCGUAGUCCUGCUCUGACUCUGGGGAAUGCGACCGGUGAUCCUAAUUCACCGUCUUAUGUUCGCUGCGUGUGUUCCUUAGGAUUGCCGUUUUUGACAGAGAAAUUGCUCACAUCUUCGGCGGGAUUUUUCUUUAAAUGGCAGUUUUAUGUGCAUAACCGUUUUUCUUCCGUUCUGCUUGAAAUUGUGUCUGACUGAGAUUCAUUGCUUCCGGUUGAACAAGCUCCCCCUUCCUGUGCUUCCAUGGCGGUAAAGCAAACUGCCUUUCUGGUUUAUAAAUGCAACUACAGUACUCGGAUUUAUUGCAUCGGUUUGACCGAGCGUUCCUCCAAAAUCAGCUUCUUUUGAUCGGGUUUUUGGGUGCUGUUCAAUAGAUGUACUUACUCAUGAAAUGUUAGUCGAAAUUCUGAUAUACGUUUUUAAAUUGAGAAGAAUACCUGGAUAGGGUUGUUAUAUUAAUUUCCAUGCAGUAUAAUCUCAAAAUAUUUUCGUAAUUUCAGAACGCCAGCUCUUGAGCGAACUCCUUUCCAGCCGCCUGCAAAAACUGCGCUCUGUUUAAAAUGGCUACUUAAGUAGUGGGAAUUUUCUUGUUGAUUUUCGAUGAUCUUAUAUUACUCAAGUAUAUUUCAUAAAAAUCACGCAUGAAAAUAUUUAUUCCUUCUCUCAUUCAGUGAAAAAUUACGUCUUCUUCAACAUUUAUACUUGAAGGAUGGGUAUGACUCGGUUUUAAAAAAUUCUAAUUAUGAGAUUUCUUUAGACCGUAAAAUGCUAAAUUUUACGAAGCUCAUUUGGUCCUUUCUUAAUGGCGUAUAGAAAUGUAUGAUUUUUCGUACACGAGAAACGCGCAGCUUGUAGCUUGCAGGCCCUGAAAGCAGGCUUAACGGCACAUUAGUUUCAAAAUUACUUGGGAAUGAGAAAAGUUCUUUUAAACCGCAUCAUAUCCUUCCUUCAAGUAUAAAACCGUAGAAGACGUAUUUUUUCUCUAAAUGUAUGUUUUUGAUGAAAUAUAUUUGGAUUUAUAAAGGUAUCUAAAAAAAUAAGAAGAUUCACGCUACGUGAAUAGCCAUUUUUUACAGAGCCUAGUUUUCGCAGGCUGAGGGAAAGGCGUUCGUUCAAAAGUUGACAUCCUGAAGUAGCUGAAUUAUCUUGAGGGUAUGCUGCGCGGUAAUUAAUAUUACAGCCCUACCUAUAUAAUAUUUUCGAGUCGAACACGUCCUUCACAAUUUCGGUUAUUAUUUCAUAAGUUAGCACAUCUACUGUAAUUCUGUCAGUGUUGUGAUCCUUGUUGACUCUAUGCCCUGUUCGCUGAGCAAAGUAGCGAAUUAAAGUCAGUUUUAUUAGACGUAAUCCCAAUUAUGUUGUGUGCAUCCUGAGAGUCAGAUCGCAGUGGGCUACGUCGACUGUUGUUUGUAGGCCUCCUCAGUUCGCACCUGCAAGCAUUGGCUAGGAGUGAAUCUAGGCCUGAUCACUCGGCUAUCUCAUCUACUGCUGAGUUGAGAAGAUUACAUUUGAUGUAUGCAUCUAUAAUUCACUGUGUGGCACGUUCAUUUCAAGGCUCUCCUCUGCCCUCGAAGACGCAAAAUUUUGAUCCCUCUUUCAGACAGGUGUAUGCGGUUUGCUUAAGAUUCUCGAGAGUGACACCACAGCGCGACGCGGUUUUGGUAUUUCGGCCUUACAUGGGGCAAAAUUUCAGUUGAUCCACCGUCAACCGGCUCCUCAUGGCGGAUUCGACCGUCGCAGGCUACGAUGCCCACUGCGUGCUCCACGCGAUUGGUGCAACACCAGUAAUGUGCGCUUGAAUUGCGGUAGGUGUGGUAAAUCAUGUAAGGCGUUGUUGUUUUGGAAAGAUUACACAAGAACAAUCCAGCAGAAUGAUUCAAUAGUGAUUCAGUAACCUCCCAAUGCCGGCUUUCGAACGAACUGCAAAAAUCACAUUCUGUUAAAAACUGAUAGUUAAAGAGUAUGAAUUUAUCUCAUUGAUUUUCGAUGCCCUUAAAAAUUUAAUUAUAUUUCAUGUAAAAAUGCAUAAAAAUAUCCAUUCUGCCGCUCAUUCGGUAGAAAAUCACGUCUUUUUCAAAUUUAUGACUAGAUUUUAAAAAAAGUUUCUAAUUGGGAGAUUUUUAACACCACGGAAUCGCCGUUCAUAAAACAUCAUGUCUCUGCAUUAACCAAUGGGGUUGUAAAGUUAACUAUAUGGCUCAAAUCCACUGCUAAAUUUUAUUAAUCUCAUAUGGUCUUCUCCUAAUACUGCAGAGAAAUGUACGGUUUUCCCUUACUCGGAAAAUAUACGAUUUAUAGUUUAGGAACCCUGAAUGCAAUGGUAACUGCAGGUCGGAUUCAAGAUUAUUUGGAAAUUUGAAAAGUUUAUUUAAAACCGAAUUCUACCCUUUUCAAGCAUAACGUGUUAAGGGGACGUAAUGUUCUACCGAAUGGGUAAAAGGAUGAAUACUUUGUGCAUGUUUUCGAUGGAGUAUGGUUGAAUUUUAAGGGACGUCGAAAAUCAGUGUGAAAAUGUAUGCUAGUUAUGCAGUCAUUUUUUACAGAGUAUAGUUUUAACAUUCAGCCGACAAGAAGUUCGUUCGAAAACCGGCAUCCUGAGGUAUCUGAAUUAUUAUGGAAUACCACUGCACGACGAUUAGUUUUACAACCCUACUUGAGUGAUCUUUUCGACACAAAAAUGAAUUUUGGAAUUUUGGUUGGCAUUGCAUGAGUUAGCCCACCUACGACGAGUUUCCUUGAAAAGAAAUUGAACUGAUGACGCCAACCCAACGUGAGGCCAGAUGAAAGCGAGAGAAAAGGUGAGAUUGUCACAUUAGACUAGUUGGUGCGACAAGCGAGACAGUAAUAGACCCACCUUUUGCAUGCGAUAGGGGUGGGCACAGAGUCACAAGAGGUUUCGUAACGGGAGGCCUGAUAAGGAGCUGGAGGUGGAGGGGGAUAGUUGGUCGAUUCGACCAUUUCAGGGCUCUCAUCUGCACUCGAAGACGCAGCAUUUUGACAGGCAGGUGUCUGUGGUUUGCUUAAGAUUCUCGAGGGUAACACCACAGUGCGACGUGGUUUUGCUACCGUCAACCGUUCCCUAAUGGGGGUUCGACCGUCGCAGACGACGAUGCCUACUUUGCGUUCCACAGGGUGGGUGUUACACUAGUGAUGUGCGCUUGAAUUACGUUAGGUGUGGUAACUCAUGUAAGACGUUUUUGUUUCUGAAAGAUAACACAAAUAGGAUUGCAAAAUGUACCAUCCGGAAGAAUGAUUCUAUAAGAAUUUUAGUUACCUCGGAUUGCCAGCUUUCGAAUGAACUCCUUCCCGACCGCAUGCGAAAAGCACACUUUGUAAAAAAUGAUUGUUAAGGAGCAUGAAUUUCUCUCAUUGGUUUUUGAUGCCCAUAAAAAUUCAAUUAUAUUUCAUGGUCAACAUGCAUCAGGUUAUUCAUUCUUCUGCUUAUUCGGUUGAAAAUUACGUCUUCUUCAAAUUUUAUGCUCAAAGGAGGAGCACGAUUCGCUUAUACACCGUGCCUAAUUGUGAGAUUUUUAAGACCAUGAAAUACGCGUCCCUAAAGCUUGGUGUUUCUGCAUUUACUAACGUUGUUUGUAAAGUUUACAAUAUGGAUCAAAUCCAUUUGCAAAUUUUAUGAAUCCCAUGUUGUAUCCUUGUACUGCCAUAGAGUAAUGUAUGGCUUUCCGUACGCGGACAUUAAUCGGCUUGUAGUUUGGGAACCCUGAUGCACAUGCAACAGAAGGUCGUGUUCAAAAUCAUUUAGGAAUUAGAUAAGUCUUUCAGAACCGAAUCAUACCCUUCCUUCUAGUAUAGAAUUUUAAGAAGUUGUAAUUACAGUACCUGUGCUAACUCAUGAAAUGUCACGAAUUAACACAGGUUAACGACUUUAACGCAGGUUAACACUACGGCUCCCAAAGUCUGAUAGCGGAAAAUAAACGAUGUGUCAAAGAAAUAAAGCAAAGUUUGGUUAAGAAAAUAUUAUUUACUGAGAUAAAAAUAAAUAAUUUUCGACGAAAGUCACAUUUUCGAGAAACGCCUAUAUUACAAACAAGUUAAUAAAUGCCACGUAUGAGGACGUAUAAAGGAGGAGGGCGGAUAAAAGGUGAAAAAUAAUUAAGGACAGAUACAAAUACAAAAAAAUUAGUACUUAGUCUGUCCGACAUAGACAUGACGAGGUUAUCUAUGGUGGAUUGUAAAAUGUAAUUAUUGAGUAUGAAAUCCAAUUUUUCCUGCAUUGAAAGAGUCUUCUUAGCUUAGUGCCAAUUUCUUUUGACUAUUCCAAAAAUAUUUUCGAUAGGAUUCAAAUCGGGACUGUUGGCCGGUAUGAAAAUGGUUUGGAGGCCAAUUGCGGAGAGCGUGGUUGUUGUCUAAAAUGUUAGAUUAUAUUUGCAAGCGGCAUUAAAUUAGUACCUCUUUAGAGCGGUGGACAGGUGCAUUGUCCUGCAAAAUUACAGUAUCCAUUCGGCGCCGACUUAUGCCGUUGUAGCCGAAAGCAUCCUUGACAAUUGCAAUGAACACCUUGCUGUUGAUGGUGUCGGAUGUUGAUCGCCAGACAGGCCGCUCACCGAAUUUAAUCGCCAUCCAAACCAUCAUUCGCCGACAGUUCUUGAAUGUUGCCGUCGGUGUAGUGUGUUCUCUUGGGAAGUUCUUUCCACAUAUGACGGUUUGGAGCGAUUUCGUAGGCUUGUCUAAAAAUAGAACCUCAUCGCAGAAGAAAAUGCUCUUCCAAAAUGAAGAUCUGUAAUCAAUAGAAUCCUUAGCAAAUAAAAGCCGUUGUCUAAUUAGUUUUCUACUUAAAUAUGGCUUAAUCAUUGCCUUCCGCCGCUGCAGUUUAAAUUCCUUCAUCCUUUUUCUAAUGAUGUUCAUAGAAAACAUCGGCAAAUGUUCCCGCUGAAUGGCCUCAAUGGGCAUGUUAUGAAUAUUUAUUAAUGUACGACGAAUAAAAUCGUCGUCUUGCUUACUUGUGGACCGUUUGGGUCCCCCUAUCUUAUUUCUAGGAACAAUUUUAUCAUUAAUAAUGCGCCACAGAGUGACCUCGCUAAUAUUGAAAAGACUAGCUAACGGCUCACGCGGGAUUCUCUCUGCCGCUAAUUUUCGAAUGCGCUGGAAGUCAACUUCGGAUAAGUAUUGUUUAGACAUAGUUAUCGUUUGGCGUGGCAGAGCAAAGUGACGGCAUGUCGCGCGAACUCAAUAUAUAUUCGUUAACGACACGCAUUUUCAGUCUGGUAAAACAAUCACACUGAUAAACUUUUUUAAUUCGGUAUUUUGAAACAUAAAACUUAACGAAUUUGUAAAAUGGAAUUUUUAGAUAAAGAAUCGCACGUUAUUUCCUGAACACAAUAAGAAAUAAUUUAUCUGCAUUUCCCUGAUUUAGUUGAUAUUGAAAUUUAAUUUUUUCUUUUUGUUCGAAAGUUUAUCAAAAAAUUUCGUCCUUUUAUUAAUCUUCUUAAACAGAUUAAUAAGGUUACACAAAGAAUUUCCAUCCGAAAGCUUCAAUAGCGUAGGAAACUGCUUGAAUAUCAGGAAUCCUCCGAUUUCGCCUUAAUCCGGCCCGUUUUCUAUUUAAUAUACAGAUCCGUAUCAAACUUUCCUUCAGAAAACGGUCUUUUCGUCCUUAUUUCAACUAAAUAAACACAAAUAACGACACCAAAAAUACGCUACAUUUUCCACUAUAAUUUUGACCUCGGCAUUUCGUGAGUUAGCACAGGUACUGUAUCUGCCAAACUAAUGGAAGAAUGAAUAUUUUAAUGCAUAUUUUUUGUGAAAUGUAAUUGAAUUUUUAAGGAGGUCAAAAAUCAAUGGGGAAAAUUCAUGCUGCCUAAGUUGUCAUUUAUUAUGGAGUGUGUUUUUUGCAUGCGGUCAGAAAGUUCUUCGAAUGCCGGCAUUCCAAGGCAACUGAAUUACUGUAGAAUCAUUCUGAUGGUUGGUAUAUUUUGCAAACCUACUUAAGUAAUCUUUUCGAAACAAAAGCGGAUUUCAGAAUUUCGGCUAACAUUUCAUGAGUUAGCACACCCUACCAAGACAGCAUUAGCCACUAGCUAUCGCCUUGGCUAAACAACUUCUGCCGCUACCCUAUGACCUGAUUUUACUCCCACCGCCAAAGUAGAGGUCCUUUUCUUAAUUCUUCGAAAGGCAUCUUGUUGUCAACUCGGUCUACGGAUUAGACAUAAUGACCCAAUCUGAAUGAGAUCAUUAUGGCUAGGAUAAAAAGUGCCCCUACGCUGAUAAUUCAAAGGCUCAUCUUGAUGAUUUUAAAGUAGAAGCAUUUCAACAAUUCGGUGGACAAAGUCGGUAAGGAUGUGUUCUUCAGUUGCCUCACAGGAAGUCGUUGUUUGGUCAUUCAACUUCGAUCUGUUAAAAUAUUCAACUAACAGGAUGCUCGGCCGAAAUCAUCCUCGUGACCAGUAAAGGCCAGAUCAAGGGACUGUACUAGAGAUCAUCUUCAUGCAACCUCGGCUAAUGCCAGAAUGUGACAACUUCCACGUAAAGCAGAUUCCAUAACAACUUCGAGUGUGGGCUAUUUGGUUCGGUUGGGGGUAAGUGUGCGGGCAUGCAAAAUGCAGUCACACGGUAGACGUGUGCGGCGGCUGCAGCACUCCUUCCUCUCCUUCCACCCACCUGUCGAGACAAUGUCAAGAAGACCGGAGGUGGAGGCGGGCCCAGUGGCUGAAAAGCUAAACAGCCUGUCUACGCGUGCUACACACAGCCUGCAUUGCCAGAAUUCCACGCAGACGGCUAGGAUCUCAUGGACACGAGACUGCCAUGGUGUCCGCAUUAAGAAGGAACCAUUUCCCGCCUGACUCUUAUUCCCCCGAAAAAAAACCAGAUCACCCCGUCAGUUGGCUGCGCUCCAAGUUAGGUGAUCCGAUCCGGUCCGGUCCUGAGCCGACGCAUCUAAGCAGCACUACAUAAUUAAUCACUACCUGUGACCUAAUUGGAUAUGUUAUUUGCCGAGGGGGAUGUCGUUUCAUUUUUCGCAAACAGUUAUGUCAGCAGGAGCGUCAGCUCCAGUUAUCUGCUGCUUUUGCAAAGCGUUUUAUUAAUGCGCGUUUUGCAUGACGCGGACCAAGCUUUUCGCUGACCUCCAUCGUCUCAGCAAACUCUCGAAUGACUUAUCUUAACCUUUUUUGCUGGGUUUUAGAAUGAUUGGUGACCACGGCCGGGAGGCGAGAUUUCCCUUCCUCGAUGAAGCUGUUGUUUCUUUCCUAUCCGCCCUUCCAGUCUCAGAAAAGGUAACCAGAACCGCAAAAUAUAUGACCUCUUUAAAUUCAUUCCAGUGCAUAUGGUCUCCUCUAGACUUGUAGGACUUGGACUGUUGAUACCCUGAGGCUAGACGAGAUCAAAAUUCACCAAAGCCUGUGAAAAACCCUUGACUGUGUUUUUUUUAAACAUCCAGCAGUACAUGAAUAGAAUUCCGAUGAUAACUUUUAUGGAACAUAUUUUCUGCCGAAUCUUUACGGUGUUGCUUUCUUUGUUCUUCGGAUGACCCUAUUUAAGUAGCACGUAAAUACCACGAAACAUGUGCCCAGGCUUUUAGCCAGUAUCUGCCUGGAAAUAUGAUUAAACCUGCAUAUGUACUGGGCAGAUAUUUUUGUGAGAGAAGGCUCACAUUAUGGCGUUUUAAUUUCCUCAGAAAUUCAUCGCCAACUUGGAGUAAAUCAACUUAUCCCUAACUUCAUAACUGCGUCCAGGAAACAGGAAACGUGAGCUUACACAAAAGGUUCAUUCGAGCUUGUUACAUAUUGUCGAAAUCACGAACAUUUCAAGGCCGAUAAACAGUCUGCCCCCAUGUCUGAAAUUUACAGACGUGAGUUUCCACAAUUAAUUAUGGAGCUUUAAUCAUUGAGCUCUCUGUUCUUUAAAUAGAACGAGUUUGUGGAGACACUCAGACUCCAUAAAAAGAAUAUACACUACUGCAGAGUAAUUUACGUAGUGGGUUUGACCUGAAACCCAACAUGAUAUCCUGUGUUGCCUAAUAAACCGCCUUGCAAGUUUAUUUUUGUAAUUUCUCCCAUCUGAAAAGAGAUCUAAAAGUGUUAAUUGAUUUUGAAUGAGUUUUUUAUAACUUCUUAGUAUGGCGGGUGUCACGAUUUUUAAUUUCCGCAGAAAUUGGCGUGUGAACUUGAGGUAGAUUUUUCAGGAGACACAUCUUUUCAGGUUUGAGAUCAAAAACUCUCUAUGAAAAUUUGCACCCAAAAUCCGUCAGCUUCAGUGGAAUCACAGCAAACUGUUUAUUUUUGUUGUUUUUAAUUUUCUCAGAAGUUAACUGCCAACUUGGAGUAAAUCAAAUUAUUCUAAGGUCUAUAGGCACAGACCGAAAUUUGAUGCAUGCGUAUUUGUGCCAAAGUCCAUCAGACAGAGCGGGAUAACCGCGUUAUAUUCAUUAACUCCUGGCAAGUAGUCAGUAGUAUAUUUUAGCGUCACAAGAUACCACACUAGGAUACCAUAGUAGUAUAACUUGAUUCACUAUAAGUUAGCAGUUAAUUGUAGAGGAACUUAAAAAGCAACUAUUUCUAAACUGGAAUAUCUACCAGAAAGUAUACGGGGGAUGCUGGGGGACCUUGAAUGAACUGAUCUACCCCAACUUCGUAGAUAAUUUUUGAGGGCAUUAAAAAGCGACAAUUUCUAAAUUUGAGUGUCUACCAAAAAACGCACGGGGAAUGCUGGGGGACCCACUGAUGAGCCGAACACCUCGAAGCUGCGCCAUGCAGCGCAAAACAUCGGCGAAACACGCACGACUGGGCUGCUGGCUGGUACCUGUGCUGUUAGUAUGGUAUCACCUUACUCUAAAGUAUACUACUAACUGCCUGUCGGAAGUUAAUGAAUGUUACGCGGUUAUCCGCUGUGGCUGAUGGACUUUGGCCCAAAUAUUCAUGUAUAAAAUUCUCGGUCUGUGCCUAUAGACCUUGAAUAAACUGACUUACUUCAAGUUCGUAGAUAAUUUCUGAGGAUAUUAAAAAGCGACAAUUUCUAAAUUUGAGUGUCUACCAGAAAACGCACGGGGAACGCUGGGGGACCCACUGACUGGGCUUUUGGCUAGCACCUGUGCCGUUAGUAUGGUAUCCUGCAAUCCAAGUUAUCUAGCCUUCUCUGACGCGUCCACGCCUUUAGGCUUUAGUCCAAACUGAUGUACUCCAAGUUAGCCGUUAAUUUCUGAGGAAAUUACAAUGUUACAAUUUCCGAACUGGUGUAUGUGCCAGACAACGCAUGGGAAUGAUUUGACAUGCACUGAUGAGCCGAAGCCCUCGGAGCUGUGUCAUGCAGCGGCAGAAUAUCGGCAAACCAUGCCUGUCUGGCCUUUUACCUAAUACCUGUGUUACUAAUAUGGUAUCGGCAACGGUAUAGAGAAGGACCCCACUUAACUGUCAGUACACUGUAGAUCGUGCCAUACGUGAUUUAUGGUAGGGGGAGUUUUAUGGGUGCAGCAGCACACUAGACAGUAAGCGAACAUAAUAAAAAAACAGAAAUUACUUGGAUUUAUGCCGAAAAUCUUAUCUUACGCUAUUGUACGACAACAGAAAUGAGCGUAGUAAGUAAAAAAAUAAACAAAAAGUAAAUUUAACAAAAUAAUGUCUUUUGAGUUAAGAUGUGAGACCUAGGAAAGUAAUCGUUGUUGGCAGUGUAAUUUCUGCAACAGCCUGCAGAUGUAUGCCAAGAUAAGAUCCCAUAUGACACGAUCCACAGUUUAAUGGGGUCGUUAUCUAUACCGUUGCCAUGGUAUCUUGCAACGUUCAAAGCUCACAUUGUUGGCGUCUAAUCUACAGGGAAAGGCCGCAAAUUCCUGUAGAGCAGUGUACACAGAGGAGGCACGUCAUCAACUGGAUAAGGAUGCCAUGUAUAGAAUUUUUGGGGAAAAGUGGAGGCGGACACAAGCAUGGGACAUGGGAAUACGAACUUCUCCCAGUAUUACGGGUGGAACGCGCUAGAUUCCAGGGGAUUCUUAUUCCAGCGUCUUACCUUUGACUUUUAUCUCGUCGCUUACCCUAACCAUAAUUCUUACCAUCCUUACACUAUCCCUAAUCCUGACACUAACCCUCGUGGGCCUGGCUCUAACCCGCCCUACACUAAUCCCGACCCCAACCCUAACCUUCCCCCUUAGAAUUUAGGGCAACAUCGCCUGCAAUACGGGGAGCCACAUUCCUCUGUCCAACGUUUUCCGCUCUCCUCAUUUUUGCGAUCGAGUCACUUUAGUUCGCAGGUUUUCUAACUCUUCAGAGUUGUCUGCGUUUGUUGUUCACUGGUCUGUCUUGGUCGUGGAAUGAAGUACCUCAGAGCCCUUAUGUAGCACACACACUCACACUCAGCACUCGUGCAACGAUAAGCAGCAAAUACUCUUGGACUUGUAGGUCACCCUUUUCGGGUUGUUCAUCCUCAGCCAGCCAGUGUUUUAUCCCACUUCUUUUGCAGGCCGAUUUCAGUCUGCCGCGAGGUCAGGGUGAGAAGCGCCUGCUCCGACUUGCUGCCCUUCAGCUGGGCCUCUCCUGUGCGUCUGCCUUGCCCAAACGGGCAAUGCAGUUCGGAACCCGAAUUGCCAAAGUAAACCGCAACCACACCGUCCACGGUGCUGACAGGACCUUAUUCGUGGAUGACCUUGAGUGA